GCGAACUUAGUUGCAAUGUUCGAAUUCAAACGGAAACUACACGCUAAGCUGGGCCUUUGGCUGUUCGUCUUGUUUGUGUGCCUGCAGCGCAGCUGUGCUCAAAAUGCCAGCACAGUGGUCUGGGAGCCAAGCAACGGCACCAACAGCAAUGACAAUAACAAUUUGAAUACCAACAAUAAACGUGAUGUUAGCAACAAUAAUAGGUUGGAUUAUGGCAGCGCUUCGAUUGCCAAAAGCUAUGAUCCGCCACCGGAAUUCUAUCGAGGACCCGGUUCCACUUCAAGCGGCAGUUCCACAUCCAUUUCCCAUCCCGUUUCCAACAAGUAUCUUGGGUCCGCAGUCGGUGGAGGUGCACAGCUGGGCAGCGUGGGUGAAAGUCUCAGCGAGGCAUACAACAAGUGGCGUCAAGGAGUUGGCCAACAUGAUCGCAUCAGUGUGGGUCAUUUUGGCGGUGGUGCAGGUGGUGGUGUCGCCACACAUAUACAGAGUCCACAUGGAGGACAGGCCAGCUAUGCCUACGAGGGACAUCCCUAUGAGUAUUCUACAGGUGGCGGCGCUGCACACGGCAGCUACUACGGCGGCGGCAGCAGCGCUGAAACAGGUCUACCCUUCGAUGUGUAUGGCGCCCGUCCGGGUCAUGGGCUUCAUCAUGUUCAUUAUAGUGGCAACAGCGGCGAGUAUGCGUAUCCGGAGCCACACGAUAUUGCCGCGCACAAGGGACCGCCGGAGCUGUCACAGAAAGCGCUGCUAGCCAAGAGUUUUCUCAUUCCAUUGGCCAGUGCGGCUGUGCUGGGCAUAGCAGCCGCUUUAGUCAGCAAUCCGCUGCUGCUGCAGCUGGGCACAGUCUCCGGAAUUGGCAGUGGCUUUGCUCCCGUUGUCGGCAAACGCAAGAGACGCGCACUGCGACGCGCUUAUCCAGCACACAAGUAGCAUUUAUUAUCAUACUUAAAGUUCGAAUACAAUUUUUAAAAUGCUUGCCAAAUAAAUCUGGCGCCUGCAUGGCUCUAAGAAAUAUCUAA